AUGCCACCCGCCAACAAAGCUACAACUCUGGAGGAAUUGGCAGAACGGAUCAUAUAUUCUGAUAGAUAUUCCGAUGAUAAAUUCGAAUAUCGCCAUGUCAUCUUACCCAAACAAAUGUUAAAACUGAUUCCUCGAUCGUAUUUCACACAGGAUGAUUCUGGACUUUUGAGAAUCUUAGAAGAGAAUGAAUGGCGAGGCAUCGGUAUCACCCAAUCUUUAGGUUGGGAACAUUUCGAAGUUCAUGCUCCUGAACCUCACAUCCGUACGUCUCUUCUCUUCUCUUCCAUAUCUAAAAUGAAACAUUACUGA